AUGUGCAGACUCUCGUCGAAUAAAAUGAUCUUUGAAGGGAACAUAGACUCCUACCAAGUGAAGCACACGUACCUGGAUGAGGCUGUAGUCACUCGUUUCGUUCGUAUUUAUCCAUUCACAUGGAAUCGGCAUCCAAGUCUUCGUGUUGAACUUAUCGGGUGUCAGCCGUGUCGACAAUUGCUCGGAACUCCGCCGUACGCCCGCUAUGGCGCCUCCACAACUCGCAGCAAAAAGCAUGGGAAAACUUGCACUGUGGAAGAUGGGCACUAUUUCAGCAACAAAGCUUGGUGUGCGAAACGCCAGAAUGGAAUGCAGUGGUACCAAAUCGAUCUGGGUCCACCGACUCUUAUUACCGGGAUUGUUCUCAGACCACGCGGGGACAGCAAGUGGCAACAAUACGUAACGCUUUUCAAAUUGUCCUAUAGCAACGACAGCUUGCUAUGGUUCUUCUAUAAGGAUGCCGCACACCUGGAUCAACGCGUGUUCACGGGCAACACGCAGACCCUGACGGAGCGCGUGCACUACCUGGCGGCGACGGUGGUGGCACGCUACGUGCGCAUUCACCCAAUCAGCUGGCGGGGCCGCAUCGCAAUGCGCGUCGGGCUGUUGGGCUGCCGUCAACGCGGCAAUUGCGAGCCCGGCUUUUUCCGCAUCAACAACAAAAGCUCCUGUGUUCCCAACCUGGCCUAUAAGAAAGACGCAUGGAUGUCAAACAAUCCGGAAAAUCCAAGACGCAAAUCUUCCUCAUCGCCUCCAGUGCCGUACAAUUCGGUGCCUCAGAAUCCACAAACUCCAGUCUACUCAUUCCUACCACCCACCCUACCGACACCGUCUCAGACCACUCCUACGCGCAGCUCUGCCUUCUUUCUCGACGCAACGCCCAAGCCCCUUUCGCCGACUACACCGAUCAAUGACUGGAGCCUACACGACGUGAUGUUGGGUGACGCGGGGUACGUGGCCAAGGACGAAGUGGCAAUGCGUGCAGUCGACGGCUUUACCGGUCUGGAGGAAGCUAGGGAGGAGGGGAAGCCCAUGGGUCAGCAGGAAAAGCAGUUAAAAGAUGCCUAUUUCAGGGCUAACAGCAAGCGGGCUCUGCGCUCCGUCUCCGCUGUGGAGCCACAGCUCCAUCAGUGUACUAUCCUACAGUACACUUGGCCAUUCCAAGAAACGCCUAGUUGGUAUGUAGACUUACAAGAGCCACAGGAAGUCCAAGGCAUUAUCCUCUACACUGGUGGUCACGGAAAAUCGGAAGCCUACCGCAAGCUGAUAGCGCAAAGUCUACAAGGAUCAUCGGAGCUUGUGUUACGCAUGAACAACCUUGAGCGAGUGGCCGUUUACGUGGAGGGCGAGUACGUACCAGGCGGGCGGCAGCUCUGUGGCCACGUAACCCGCUUGAAUGACGCUGUCUUCGCACCCAAGCUCCACAUCACCUGUCAACGACCCACAACCGGGCGUUACGUGAUCGUUGAAGCCUACGGCUUGAUGGCCACCUGGCCUAAGGACUAUCUGGCGGCGCUUUGUGAAGUGCAAGUCUACUAG